AGAAUACAAAAUGAUGUUGAAUUUGUUAAAAAUGUCUCAACCAUGAUUUUGGUUUAAGCUGAAGGGGUGUGGCCAUACCACAGACCACACCCACAAUUUCGAGGUUCUUGGAGGCUGCUGAGAAUCAGAGAUGUCAAAUGAUGUCGCCAAGAUGCAGCUAAGCUAAGGCUGUAUCUGCGCGCGACGAACCGUCAUCAAUAGAUCACGUACGGCAUGUACGGGCAUCACACGUGCAGCCCCGGCGCUGAGCAUUAUUUUGUAAACAUCACCGCGCAACACGCAAACUAGCAGCAUACGGUACGGGGUCUGAUCAUACAGCGCAUGCACGCCUUGUCCGUACUACAACGAUCAGACAGUCUCAGCUCUUCGGACGGGCGAUCUCGAUGCCCAGUUCGGUCCAACCCGAUCCACUUCGUCAUGUUGAACACGUGUUUAAAGAUAUCCCCAGGACGGGAUAGUACGCUCAAGAUUGCCUUAUAAAAACUCGUUAUCAUUCUAGAGUUUCUGUUUAGGGCGUUAUGGGGACAGUUCUGGACUUCGCAUCCCGGGCCCGAUCUCGGCACGUAGGACACUAAAGCCCCGGCUCACGCGUACGUGCGUUGCCUCUCGUGCAUCGGUGAAGUUAAACGAAGACAGACGAGUUAUUAACAAUCCCUGGCCUAAUACAUCGGAUGAUGCCAGGCUAAUUGCUACAUAAAAUUCACUCUUCAUCGUCGCCCGUUGUGAUUUCUUUGAAAAUGACGAACCUCAAAGGGUCUAGUAUGCCUACCUUAAUGGUCUAUUACUUACAUCUGCGGUGGAUCAAUCUGUUAAUGCAUGUAAGUAAAUGAUUAUGUCUUCCUCACUCGACCUGGAGGUUAAUUUGCUUCUGUAAGACUUGAAGUAGAAAUGGCGGGAACGUGGACACGACUUCCUGUAUCAGCUACACUCGCAAAUGAUCUUGAGACAUCGACACCAACACCUCCAGAACAGUCGGACAUUCAGACAGUGACAACAACCAGUACUCUCUUAUCAUCCACCGGAGGAAUCCACACUCUACCACCGACAUCGACAGCUCCUAGUGUCGACACUGAUUCUCAGUUCGACAAAGGCUGGACCGACACGUCGACUCCCUUCAUGACGACCGACACUUUCCAAGACCCGUCGGAUUUUCCCGCCUCCACGCCGCUGUACAAACCGCGAGCAGACGACAACUUCACCGACCAGCAGGAGUUUGGCGGGAGUUCCAUCAUUGCUUCUUCCGUCGUCACGGCAACGGUUUCUGAGAUUAUUACCGAAAAUGGAGCUUCCACCACGACACAAGCCUCGUUUUCGCCUUACGAUAAAUUCAAGUUGGGCCUCAUAAUCACGCUGUCGAUUGUCAUCGGUUGCUUUGCAAUCACAGCGAUAUCACUCCGCAUCAGAAGUAGAAUCAAGAAGAGACGAUUAGAGUUGGAAAUCGUGAAGAAAAAGAGGAAAAAUGCGGCUGGAAAUGGUGACAGCAAGCCGCCAGUAAAGCGAGUGACAAUCAAGAUGUGUACAGACUCCAACUCCAGCACCAGGAGGACCAACAAGCGACCCUUAAGACGUAGCCACAGCCCCUCCUUACAAUCCAGGGCCAAGAUACCUGAGAUUCCGAUUGGAAAGGACAUGGAUAGGAAUCGAACCUUGGACGCCCUGCUGGAUGCAGGCACCUACAUCCCUAUCGCCCCACCCCCUCUAGGCAUGGCUCGCGAUCGCACCAAGAGUGACGUCUCAUCCAGGACGGGUCUUAUAAUGGGAGGCAAGAGUUGUGACGCGGAGGAGCAUGCGUACGACAACCCUGUCAUCUCAUCCGCUGAAGAGAUGACGACCGAGGUUUCAAUGCUCAGCGAGGAGACCUGUCCUCCAUUGAGGAUGAAGAUUGACGCCGAGGUGCAUCGCAGCAACCUGGAUGCCAUGACCCACAAUGCAUCUGACUCCGAAGACGGUUCCGUGGAGAAGGGCAACUUCAUCGAGAGCUCAGAGACGGAGAGCCUCAGUGAUGCUAGGAGGCGCUUCAAGCUCAACCACUACUUUGGGAUGCGGUCCAGCCAGCGGAAUGACUCCAAGGAUUCUGGGUACGUUGAGAGUUUCAUCUCGCAGGAUAGCUUGCGUCUCAGAGCCAUGGCAUCUUUGGAGGAAGGCCGAGCUUUGGCUGAUGGGAUGAGUGUUGCUGCAGGACACGAGAGGAUGCUACCAAGGCUCGGUAGCAUCGAACCAACCUUAUUCAUGGCAAGCGUUGACGAGACGUCAAAUCUCAACCUGAACAGAUCCGGUUCGGUCGCAUCCGACAAUGAUGGACUUCCCCACCCUAAGGUCUGUCGCAACAACAUCAUGAACAUGAGACAGUCCCGUUAUAGUGUCCCAUCUUUCCCCACUCAAUACCCACAGUGCUUUCCGCAUCACCGACAACCGAAUCGGAAUCCAUACCACGACAUGUAUGGCGCCCCCUAUGGUAUGCCUUACCAAGCCAUUACGCCGAGAUACCCAAGUAGUGAAUGUAGUGCGUAUGAUUACGCAUCAACACAAAGCGACUUUGGCCCUGCGCCACGAAGGAACAGCUACGUCAACCGUAUUCUGCCAAAGAGUCUAAGCUGCGAAACUACAAUGUAUAAAAGUUGCGACCUCAUAUCACCACAGCAUAAAACAGGGAUUCAGGACUACGCUCACCAGAAACGUGUCAAACGCUUUGUGAAGCACCGAAGUUUGGGCACACAGACAGGCGACAGUGACAAUGUGAAACCAAUGGUUCGGUGGGAUUAUGACAAUGCAGGGAGCCUUGUUGCCAAGCCGAGAGAGAAUGCUGGGAUUGAUUUCAUCGGACCCAUCUACAUGGCAGAGGAGCUUGAAGAAAUGGGCCCACACAAGACACAGUGUGUCAUAGAUAUGGAGACUGCUACAAGUACAACUUCUUUAUAACCAAACACCUUUGAAACCAAGAUCACAAUCAGUUAAAGUAUUAACCCUAAUCAUUCUAGAUUCUUCAAAAUUUGUGAAGAUUUUCUUCAGAAUUGAAGAAAGUAGAGCCUAGCUGGCAAGUUCUAAUUUACAUUGGGUUUCUGCAGAGUAUUUCGGAUUCAGAAAGCUCAUACCAAAAAUGAUGAGUUACAGUUUAUGAAGGUACCAAAAUUCCUCAGAUAUACGUGGUAAAAGCCAUUAGAGCUUACGAAAAUGCAAAGAUGCAUUCCACACUGAUAAACAAGAUAAUUAUGAUAGAAUUUUUUUUUACAACUAUAGUUAUAAAAAAAAAUUGACUAGUUAACUAGUCAACCUGUUUGCCAAUUCCUGUAAAUUUCAAUGGAAUAUUGGUUUCAUAGGCCUAAUUUCUUUUUCUUGUUGGACGACAUAAGUAGGAUUGGUUGUAGAAGUAUUGAUGAAAUUUCGCUGGCAGCUUCCCAGUACAAAUUUCGUCUGGUUUGUGGUUCUAAGAACCAAUCAACUUCUGUUAAAGAAAUUUACUUUAAGAAAAAGGUUGCGUGAACCCACGAUAAAAAUGCAGAAUGAAGACGCCUUGAAGGCAAAAUCCUCUCUCACGUUGAAACUGACUUACAAACGGGAGCUUCCUAUCAGAAGCCCCUGAUCUGUAAUCUACCUGGUGAAUAUUAGAUGAAGUGGAUUUGUUUUUCUCCAGUCCGGCUUCAUUUGGAAUGAGCCCUGCUCCCGUGAGGACCAACAGAAGACGUUUGACCCAGAAAUAAGGAUAGAAUUUCGAAUCCUACUUGAAAAUUCCUGUGCUGUUUUCUUCCCGGACAUUGGAGAGGUAGUCAAGGUGGAGCUUUUAUUUAUUUUCUCUGGAAUUUUAUUUUUAUCACUAGACCAUGGGAGAUCAAUUGUUUUGUAGGUGCUUAAAUUGUCAACAGAAUGCAAAUCAUAGAUGAGAGAAACUUUAGUUCAAUUAAUCUUGAACUGAAUUGGAAACUAAGUUUCUGAGAAGUAAGAUUUGAGGUUUUGCAUGGUGGAGAUAAUAAUGAAUGAAAAGUUUGCGGAGACACCAUGUGGGAAAAAUUUCUCAACUAAGAGAAUGGUUCUGAAAAGAACCAGAGGUAUGAACUCGAUGUUCCGGUCAGUAUGCUCUGACCGUCUUCCGAGUUCACACUUUUCCAGCGUGCUAUGACAGGUUAUAAAAAUGCGAAGUACUUUCCAAAAUCAUUCCUUAGGAUUGGCAACUAUAAAAAAAAAAUUGGUCUCUCAUUAAUAAUGACCCAAAUUUGUAUUAACUAAUCACGUUUUGUUCAUUUCGAUACGCACAUUGCAUAUAAAUUUGGCGAUUGUUUUUUUUUCACGACUUAUAUUUUUGCAAAUUUCUGGUUAACUUUGCACUUUGCGGAAUUACAGCACGCACUUUGGCACGGAAUGAGCCAAAAAAUGGUGUUUUUGCUAACAACUACUAAAAUUUGUAUUUUUACUGUCAAUAAUUACACAUACCUGAACGAAAGUGGUUUUUGUAUCUGUGCAAGUACACAAGUCUGUCUAAACAGUCCAAAAUCGGUUGAAAAUUGCUAACGAAGAAUAAAAAUGGUUGCAAAACUUGACUUAUUUGGGCAUUUUGAAGGAAGAAAAUAUGUUCAAAAAUCAACAAAAAUGUGGUGAUAAGCCUUAUAUUUGGUUGCCUGUUACAGUUUGAAGUGCCUAGACUGUUAUUUAUACAUUUCGUCAUUGUUAUACGUGUAUUGUUAAUUCCACACAGAAAUUUAUUUUUUAACCAUUGAUCUUGCUUGCACUGUAUUUAAAAUUCCCGGGUCACGUUUGUUGGAAAUUUGUACAUACUUUUGCCUCCUGUACAAAAUUAUGUGGAACAAUUGAAAGUGUCCUUUAAAUUAGUAUAAUUAUUUGGUAUUUAUAAGCGAUUUACUCUUUCCACUUGAACUAUUUUUCAAUUCUGUAAUUUCUUUCCAUCAUCAAAAAAUUAAAAUUAAAAGUGAUCAAUCAUU